AUGUUGGCCUCACCUGGAACGACUUCCUCUGCGUCGACACAACGCCAACUGCAGGGCCUCGUGACGCGCCGCUCGGCCACAGCCGAGCCCAAGAAUGCGGCGCAGUACUUCGGCCACGUGGCUGACGUCGUACGUGCCAACGAGGACCUUACCAAGCUGCGUACAUACAACCUCAAGCGACGCGCCAAGGUCGCGUACAAGGGAUACGAGUCCGUUCUAAGCCGCAAGAAGCGUGGUAACAGCGUCAAGCCUUCGACGGCCAACAAUAUGUAUGUCUCGCGGCCCACGCCGCCCAUUGCCACGUUCAACCCGGCGGCGGUGCUACAGCUGCAGGCCAUGCUACCAAGAGCGCAGCCAGUAGCUGUCAAACCAGCACCGAAACUCGCAGCAGCUUCACCCGUAUCGUCUGUCAUCCCGUCCACGACGCUGGCAGCAUCGACAGCGACGAGUUCUGGGGCAUCGGCGACAUCUGGACACAUGACGCCGGCGCAGAUUCAACUGCAUCAACAGCAGAUGAAGAACUCACAAUUGCAGCAACAAAUGCCGCGAAGAGCGGACUUUGUUGUUGGCACAACAGUGCUCAUCCGGAAUACUGCCGACUUAAUCGCGUGUGGAGCGCGAAAUCUUGCAGGCAAGACGGGACGCAUUGUUGCAGCGCCGCAGAUCUACGGACAAGAGCUUUUCUCGGUCUACAUCGAUGAACAUGAAGCGCUAUUCCAAGUCCCAUUCAAUGCGCUGACACUUAUUGCCCGCCCAACAUCUACCCAGCAACAGACACACACUGCAGCAGGACGGAUCGCUCCGAAUCAGAUGCAACGUCCUCAAAACGGCAACGCUGGUGGCUCAAAAUCGACCGAGCAGAUCAAGAUGGAGCACUCUUUCCAGCUUCAUCGUCUGAUGCAGCAGCAAUACCGAGAGAUCCAGGUCUUGCAACAGCGCUACGCAGAGAGCCGAUUCUCGAACCCCACGGCGCUGUCAGGUAUUCAGAAGGAACUGUCCAAACUGCGUCUGGUGCAUCUCUCACAAGUGCAAACGCUCAAGAGUAAACAAGCGCUAGAUAUGAUCAGCAAGUAG